GGGGUGUGGCUGCACCAACGCGUGACCAAAUGGGCAAAUCUUUCCCCCCUUUCUGGCUGUGCCAACUCCACUAGUCGGAUCUUGCCCAUAUGGUAUGGAGCUCGCCGGAGCCACGUCCCCUCAGUCGCCGGAAUCUCACCUGGAGCCGCCCCGUCCACCUCCGCAGCCGCCGGAGAAGGAUUCAUGCAAAGACACAGAAGACAUGAUGACGAUUACAGAGGAAAAGUCAUGCACAGAUCAGGAGUUAGAACUUGGUCAAACGAAUAGUUCUAGCCUGAAUAGUUCCAGUGAGUGUGAGAAUCCGACGCCCAGCAAUGAUGAGAUGACUGGAUCAGAGUCCAAACUGGAAACAACUAGGACCGAGGGUGAUGAAUUGAGCGGAGAGAAGGUCCUUCAGAAGCCAGACAAAAUUCUGCCAUGUCCUCGUUGCAACAGCAUGGAUACAAAGUUCUGCUACUACAACAACUACAACAUUAAGCAACCAAGGCAUUUUUGCAAGAGUUGUCAGAGGUACUGGACUGCAGGUGGAAGCAUGAGGAACAUCCCUGUCGGCGCUGGUAGGCGCAAGAGUAAGAGCUCCAGUGCGAAUUGCCACAGCAUAUUGAUUCCAGGCAGCAGUCUAGCAACUCCUGUUGGAGAUGCUUCCCUCUUUCCAUUAUCUUGCAAAGGAAACCAAGCAGCAGUUAAUUUUGGGCCUGAUUCCCCUCUCUGCAACUCCAUGGCCUCUGUGCUUAAGAUUGGAGAGCAGAGUAAGAGUGCGAACCCUGCCUCAACAGUGCAACCCAGAAAUGAAGAAAACCAGACCUGUGCACCUUCGACAACAACAUCAGAUAGUCCUCGGAGUGAACCAGUUAAAGGAACAGUUAGUGGACAUCAAAAUGGAGUUAUUGGGCAUUGUAAUGGAGUCACUUCCAUGCAUCCCAUACCAUGCUUCUCUGGUCCUUUUGUGUACCCAUGGAGUCCAGCAUGGAAUGGCAUUCCUGCCAUGUCAGCACCGGUAUACCCAGCCCCAGCUGAAGCAGCAAAUUCUUCAGAAAAUGGCAACACAAGUAAUGUUCAAUGGAGCGUGCCACCAAUGGUGCCAGUAAUGGCACCAGGCUUCUGUGGUCCGCCGAUUCCGUUUCCGGUAAUGCCACCUUCUGUUUGGCCAUUCAUUACUCAUUGGCCUAACGGCGCAUGGAGUGCACCAUGGCUUGGACCUAGCUCUAGCGUGUCUGCAUCAUCUCCGACAAGCAGUAGCACAUGUUCAGAUAGUGGCUCUCCUGUCCUGGGAAAGCACUCGAGGGAUUCCAAACCUCAAGGUGAUGAGAAGGCAGAGAGAUGCCUGUGGAUUCCAAAAACGCUUCGGAUCGAUGAUCCUGAUGAAGCUGCAAAGAGUUCAAUCUGGACUACCCUUGGGAUUGAACCUGGUGAAAGAGGCAUGUUCAGACCAUUCCAGUCCAAACCCAAAAGCAGAGAGCAAGUAUCCGGUCCUGCUCGAGUCUUGCAAACAAAUCCUGCGGCUAUGUCGCGCUCGCAAUCUUUUCAGGAGACAGCAUGAUAUUAUUGAACCUGUGUGAUAUUAUUCAAAGAUGUUGUAUUAAGAAAAUUCUAUAGUCUGUACAAUGAUUGGCAAUGUAGGUGCCGCUAAUGUCCGGGGCAGCGCACCUGUACUAUUCGAAGAGUAUUCUCUCACAGUUUCUAUGAUUUGCUUGCGGAGCAUGAACCAACCUAUUGGGUUCAUGAUCAGGUUUUUAGCAUGUGUUUGGUUGUACAAAAAUAAUUGUUAAUAGGUUCCCUUAAAUCGUUGUAGUCUGCUGAUCCUUCA